AGAGUUAAAGAGUAUUAUCCAUACAUCUUUGUUGCAAAAAACGCUUUCUACUGUUUUAGCCGCCUCGAAAUGCAUACGGUGGCGGUGGUGAAACACACGCUCUGUCACGAUUCCGUCACUGCGAAGACAAGAGAGGUUUUGAAGACAUAAGUCCCCCCUUUUCUCGAUAACAUGAGAUAGGGCUAUGGAGUUAAAAGAGGAGCAAGAAGAGGCAUGUCGGAUGAAAGGGAGUUGGUGUGGAUUUUUUUGAUUUUUUGUGUUUUUGGUGAGUAUCUUGAAGAUCAUGUUGGCAUCAUCCAGAAAUUCGUAUCGUCAAUGUUCAAAAUCCAUGGUAUACAUCUCCAAAAUUUGCAGGAGCUCUCUCCUCUGCUCUACCAUUUUGGCUGAGGGCAAUCUAACUUUAUUGUCAUCAGAAAGAAAAACAUUAUUUGCCAGUUCAAUUAGUCCUGAAUCUAACUCAUUGUUAUUUCAAAGAUCGUUUGCUUCUCAUCAGAAGCUAAGGUCGGAUGCUAUACGAAGUGAUGUUUCAAUUGAGCUGAAGGCUGAUAGAGAUGUGGUGAGAUUUUCAGUUGGUCAAGAGAUGCAGGAUGGUUCACUAAGAAAAGCUAAGAAAGUGGCCAGGAAGAUUAAAAUGUCUAAAAGGGCUAAAGUGAAUGAACUUAGGUUUUAUAGGUUGAAGGCAAAGAAGAAAAUGACAUCACCAAAUCCUGAAGUUAGAAUCAGAUACAAGCUUGAUAAGGCUAAACGGAAGGAGGUUUGGUUGAUCGAGAAGCUGAGAAAUUUUGAGGUUCCCAAAGCUCCAAUUGAACCUCAGGAUCCUGAAAUUUUGACUGAGGAAGACCGCUUUUACCUGAAACGCACUGGUGAGAAAAAGAAAAAUUAUGUACCUGUUGGAAGAAGGGGAGUGUUUGGGGGUGUAGUUUUAAAUAUGCAUCUUCACUGGAAAAAUCAUGAGACAGUAAAAGUUGUAUGCAAGCCUUGCAAGCCAGGGCAAGUUCAUGAAUACGCUGUUGAACUGGCACGUUUGAGCGGAGGCAUUGUUAUUGACAUUAAACCUGAUAAUACAAUAAUAUUUUAUCGAGGAAAGAAUUAUGUCCGACCAGAUGUUUUGUCCCCUCCAGACACCCUAUCCAAAGCAAAGGCAUUGGAAAAGUACAAGCUGGGGCAAUCACUAGAUCACACAAGUCAAUUUAUUGAGAAAUUAGAAAAAGAACUGGAAGACUACCAUGAAUACCUUGCUCAGAAGAAGGAAAGAUAUGCUUUGAUGAAUUUGAAUGUGAAUGUCUGACCCCUAAAGGUUUUGACAUAGAGGUGUGGGUUAUUCAUUGAAAUUACUAACUGAUUGGUUCAGCUUGGUGGAUCAUUAUUCAAAGCAUGAAUAAUGGUACGCGGUGGUAUUUUACAAUUUUCGAAUUGAAAGGUUUGGAAGAGAGACAGCCUUGAGAACCAAUGCAGGCUUCAUUUUCACCAUGGGUUGCUUUUUAAGGUUUGGAGAAGCGAUGUCUUGCCGCUUGAGCCUUCUCAAUGUUGUUUCCCUCGGCGCUUUUGGAGUUGACCAGAUAGUUUGGAAAUAAAUUGACAGCAGGCAAAGUAUGCGGGUGGUGGGAAAAUGUAGGUUCAUCCAGGAUAUGUUUAGAGAAGGGAAAAUGAUGAAGGAAAAUACUUCGUAGUUUUCUUUUUAAUGUUUGGUUGUACUUGGGAAAAGGCAAUGGAAAAUCUCUUACUUACAUUUA